AUGGUUUCGAGAGAAUACUCCUGUCUUUUCGCACGCAACAGCGACAAGAAGAACAAGACAUGGAGGGACGGUGUCAUAUCUGUACACGCUACACAUAGAUUUGCGCGUGUGGCGUUGUACGAAAUCAAUGGUCAUAAUGAUACCGUUGAUUCUCCCAUUGACGCGUUUGACUUGUUUCAUCGUGACUAUGACAACUUGACAGGCGAGAUCAUCACAUCUCCUAGGUUUAUUAUUAAGAUAUCGGGUGUCGACACAAAUUUUAGACGGAAAACUGGGGCUCGAAAUCCACCUGCAUUGGAGGGAGUGGGGUCGCUUAUACCUGCGAAACGCAUAUCUCGUGCCCCGGUACUGGGUACUUGUCGCGCAUUCAAGAAGUAUUGCGCGCAGCAGGAUACUAAAGCUAAGUCUCUUCAGACCCUACCUGUAGCGCUGAGAAGCUGCCACCGUGGUUCUGAUGAUCUACACAAUAUUGCGAACACGGGCAGAUGUACAGAAAUCACAACGAUUACGAGUAGAAAUGCGUAUCGUGCCGCAAAUCAAAGCGCUAUGGGUGUCACGUUUACUCAUUCUAGUUCAGAAGCUGUGCACGAGUCGUUGUCCCCUUAUUCAUCUAAAAAAAUUGCAGACACCAUGCCUCUAUCCCUAUCGCUUCAAGAUGCGGAAACUAAGACGCCACCGUCGCAUGUGACAUCGCCUAAGCCGACGUCGGCAAGAACUUUUUCCGUAAAAAAGCCACGCAUCCCCCUCAACCUUCCCACCAUUAAGGCGCUGAAAGUCAAAUGUGCAGCCGAGAAACAAUUGUGCAGAGCGGGUGCCGAUUUCGAGAACGGAUCACCAACAGAGGGCUGUUACGAUUUUCAGAAUGUUCCGUCGCGGGAACGUGUGGUAGUUAGUCUCGGUGACGAGAUGAUGGUUAGCCUUUUGCAAACAGCAGACGAGGCGCUGGGCCCUCAUAAGAAUUUUGACGAAGUGCCCAUCGUGGAUGCCGAACUCAUUGGCUGCAUAGAGUCCGCAUUAGACCACUUGGGGAACUUGCAGACAGGAUUGUAG